GAAAAGCCUGCAUAUCACCGAAAUAUUUGGAGGCUCCUCAUUGGCUGAGGCACGUAAUAGCCCAUAUCUUCCCAGCGAAGCCUUAAAUCAAAAUUCCGACCACGACGAUUUGUUCCUUUGCUCGUGGGGGUCACUAAUAUACUUCAAUUGUCAACAUUAUGUACAAAAUUCGUCUGGCAGGAGUGGUUCAAUAAAUUUUGAUUUUCGCGGACGCUGGAGUGAUGGCGAUCGAGCACGCGGACUUCGAAGGGGUGGAGCGACUGGCGGCGGUAACCGGCGGAGCCACGGCGUCGACCUUCGACCACCCAGAGCUGGCGGUGCUCGGGGAGUGUAAGAAGAUCGAGGAGGUGAUGAUCGGUGAGGACACCUUGAUCCGAUUCUCCGGCUGCAAGGCUGGGGAGGCGUGCACCAUCGUGCUCAGGGGGGCUAGGCACCCUACCCCUCCUGUUCGUCGGGGGGCACCGUACCCGCUCCUUAAACCCCGCCGUCGGGAAUGUCAACCCAGGACCAAGUCCGAGCCGGAAGCUCGGGAGUCAUUCUGUCUCGGCCCCGAGUUUUAACCAUGCCCGGCGCAUUCUGACCUAAGAAAGCUUCUUUUUUUGUGGACCCAAAAGUACACGUCUUGAGAACGG